UUCGAAGAAAAGAUCACGACCGUACUUGGAAACGAGACUCAUACCUACCUAAAGAAGGAAUUCGUAGGCCUUCCGAACUCUAACUAUCUGCUUCCAAAGCACAGCAGUUUCGACAUCACUCGCACAUCGCAGCGUACUGCGCAACGGCGAUGUGGAAAACAAACCGUCGCAAAGCAAGUCGGCCAGUUCGUAAUGUGUUUUCCGUAUUGCUGUGUCACUGCGCCUGCACGUUCACGAAGGUUUCGUGUUUCGGCCCCGAUCUUGACUUCUCCGCGUACGACUGGUUACGGGACAGCUUUAAGAGUGUAGACACGACCUGGAUCAGCAAUCUGCUUUCCAAUCACUCCAUUGGGUAUGACUUCCCGCCAACGCCCGAGCGGCUGUGCCUCACCCGAAAGCCUCCCUGCACGCUGUGGCAGCUGAGCGCGCGCGACACCACGUGCGACCGGCGCAUCGUGCCCUGCGGCACACACGAGAAUGAUGUGAACAAGAACGCGUUCGAGGUGUACUUGCAGCGCCUUGGGCAGCCAUCCGUGGUCACGCUCGGCGGCACCGAUGGCAGUCGCGACAGCGACUGCGCGGAGGGCGGGCGCAUCGACCCCUACGCCGACGCAUCCAAACAGCUCUUUCUUGUCAGGUUCCAGCCGCCCAUGCACCCCGUCUGCUGGGAGGUGCUGAUGCGGGCGGGGGAAUGCUGGAUUCCGGAGAACAGCCAGGCAAAAGAGGCCCACGAGUUCGGGUGUCUGGGACGGUGCGGCGGCAAGUGCGGGGGCGUGUUCUGCAGCAACUGGGGCGGCGACUGUUUGCGGAACGAUGUGUGUCGGUACUUCCUUGGCGACGAGUGCGACAUCAAGGGCGCGGCGCGAGACUGGAAAUCCACCUGUCUUUUCGGGUUUCACCACGGGGCCUGCGAGUCCGUGCGGGGAAACCCCCUGUACCACCAGGAAGACCGCAUCUGCGGCGGCGCGUGGUGCCCGGCGUGGCGCUACACCGAUUAUUUCGUGCCGCGCAGGACCGUGGGACAGGAGCUCUGUUCGGAGCUCGACCAGAAAGAUUUUGACAACGUCAUGUGCCGCUCGGACUGCGUCACCUGCACCGACUUGGCUUGCGUGCAGCGGUGUCACCAGUGGCAGCAACGAUUUCCUUUUUGUCGCUGCACAAGGCAGUGGCCGGCAACGCAAUUUGUGUACGACGGUCCGUUCUCGCCUACCGCGAUUACGAGUGGUGACGAGGGACCAGCGACCACGUUGACAAGUAGCAGCACUGUUUCUCCCACAAGUUCUUCUUGUCAAAGCGGAAAUUUGACUGCCAUGUGCAGCGAUUUUUGCAACCACGCGAACAACCAUUCAGCGCACGCCAGUGGCGAGGACUUGUAGCUGCUGGAGGAACAGUUGCUUUUUCCCUACAUUUUGUGCACGGUCAGCUAUAAUUCACUUUCACUCCGCGAUCCCCUUGAUGCUUGAGCUUCGAUUUUGUUGUUUUUGAUUUUGCUUGCCGACCAUGAACAUGAGGUAUAAUUACGACCGGCCCAUCAAAUUUUGGAUAGGAAAG